AUGACAACAAAUAACAUUGAAAUUCUUUUAUUGGGUACAGCUCAAGAUGGUGGUAUGCCUCAAAUACGUUGUCAAUGUAAAAAUUGUAGUGCAGUUCAUGAUGGUAAAAUAUCUCAACAAUAUACAGUUAGUUUAGCUAUUAUCGAUCGAAAUACAAAUCAAGUUUGGCUUAUUGAUUGUUCACCUGAUUUUCGAGCUCAAUGUACAUUAUUACAAAAUCAUUUUGGAUUAAAUAAUUCAUUUAAAUUAGAAGGAAUCUUUUUAACUCAUUUACAUAUGGGACAUUAUGUUGGUUUAUUUCAAUUUGGACGUGAAACAAUCGAUUGGAAAGGUUUAAAAAUUUAUGGUACUGAAAGUGUAUGUCAAUUUUUUCAAACAAAUCAACCAUGGUCAACCUAUAUUCAAAUCGGAAAUUUUCUUAUAAAUCCUCUAUUACCUCAAACUGAAAUUCAACUUUCAACAAAUUUAUUUAUUAAAUCUCAACUUGUUCCACAUCGAGCAGAAUUUAGUGAUACUGUUGGUUAUUUUAUACGUGGACCAUCACGAAAUAUUUUCUAUUGUCCAGAUGUUGAUAGUUGGGAACAUGGUUGGUCAAAUGAAAAUGGUUUAUUACCAAUUGAUAUUGUUAAAAAUGUUGAUCAAGCAUUUCUUGAUGCAACUUUUUUUAGUAGUGAUGAAUUACCAAAUCGAAAUAUUGAUGAAAUACCACAUCCAACUGUUUUACAAACAUUAGAAAAAUUUAAAGGUUUGGAAAAUAAAAUAACAUUAAUUCAUUUUAAUCAUUCAAAUCCAUUAUAUGAUAAACAAAGUAAACAACGUGAACAAUGUAAUCAACUUGGUAUUAAUAUUGGUAUUCAAGGACGUGUUUAUGAAAUAUAA